UGCAUCUGGACACGAUUGUGAAUGUACUGUUGAAGUUUUGUUCGAGUUCGACGUUCCCGAUGUAUGACAGGAGCGUCGGGUGGAGGAUCGUUUGUUCGUCCUCCUUACCGAACGAUGGCUCGACCUGCUCCAGGUAAGUUUGGCAGCUACCGUAUGGUGGCUGGAAGCGAGCGACUCCGCCGGUGGCUCCUACAACAAGCUUGGCGCCCCGAUUCCGUCGCCGCUACUCCGGACCGGGCGGUGGAACAAGGCGCAAGGGUCGGGUCUGGACUCAAGCGUGGUAUGUGAGGUUAAGUAUAAGAUGUGGCAGAUCCUGACUGGGUCCUCAACUACACUUCCAUUCCGAACUCAACCCAUAUUCCAUUAUAGCCCCCCCUCUCCAGACUUUGGUCUAGACUACAACAUCAAUCCCAGCUAUCUCAAUACCCUCGACACAGACCACAGCACUAGUCAAGAUGAUUGCUCAAUCUGUCCUCCCCCUGCUCCUGACUCUCCCUCUACUCACUUCCGCUCACUUUCAACUCAACUUUCCCCGCGCAAGAGGCACAGAUGACGAGAACCAAGCCAGCUUUCCUUGCGGUGGUUAUGAACAGACGCAGAACCGGACACUGGUUUCAACUAAGUCAUUCCCUGUUGCCGUGAAACUGGGCCACACUGAAAAUCUGGUCCAAAUUUUGUUGGCCAUCGGCGACGACGUUGGCUCGUCCUUCAACUAUGAACUUCUGCCGACCAUUCGGGAAAUGGGCCCAGGAGACUUUUGCUUGCCGGACAUCGAAAUCCCGGCAGACCUCAACAUUACGGAUGGCACAAACGCCACUAUUCAGGUUAUAACGAAUGCACAUGGAGACGGUGGGCUAUACAAUUGCGCAGACAUCCAAUUCUCCUCAACCACGCCCGAGUCACCUUCGUCUUGUACCAACGGAACCGGCAUCAGCGCCACUCCGCUGUCUGCUAGCGAAUAUAAAUUUGCCAAUGGGUCGUCUGGACACCACGACGACUCGGCCUCCAGCUCUACAGCUAGUGGAAGUGCGGCUGCCACCGAAAGUGCGAGCUCGGCUAGUGGUUCUGCUGCAGCGUCGGCGACAGGCAACAAUGGAGCGGCCAUUCUCAGUCUAGGCUGGGGCUUGUUGGGCGCUGUCGUGCUGGGAGCUGUUGCCGUCUUGUAGGUGAUUCGGAUCUUGGAUCUUUGAUGUGCGACUGGAGUGGCCUGGCAGCGAGCCGGAUUCCGUAUCUUUGAAUCUCUCUACUUGCAGGAGAGAGCCAGCCUACGAAAGGUCUCUGUGCUGCCGCCCUGCACCAGCCAUGUCAGUCAUGACACGGCCGAAAGAGAUCAGAUAUUGGUGACAGUACCAGUGCUAAAUAUAUAUAUAUGCCGCUUUGCCACAAUACUGGUUGUACACAUGCUUGGGUUUCCCUGUCGCUAUCAUGUUGUUCCACGCGCCCGGCAGACCAUACCGUUGGACAACAAGCAUGGCCUUGGUCGAGCUCAUGGAGUGAUCGACCGCCUUACAACUCCGAGAAACGGAUGAGCACCACCUAAAGUGGCCCUGC